AUUUCUUUUAUAAUAUUAUAAAAUAUUAUAUUUUAUUCUCGUUUAUGAACCUAUGGUGUCGUGCUUUUAGCUUUACUACUUCUACUGUGUUAGCGACUAGCGUUAUGAUGGCCAAUCAAUUACUAAACAACCAAGCGGACUAUGUUAUGGAAACUCUAAAAAAUAUUAUCGUGAUGUGAUUUACAAUUUGUAAUUUAACAUUAAUCAUCGUACCAAUAUUUAAAUAUUCAAUAACGGUUUUGAAUUUUUGAAAUCGCCUGAAUCGAUUUCUUAUCAAGCCUUUUUCGCUUUCACAGUUGUAUCUAAAAUCUAUAUUUCGUUAUUAAUCCGGAUUUUCAUAUUGAAUUGAAGUAUUAUUCAUAAGAUCAAGAUGCCAAAAAUUAAAUGUGUAAAUGAUGAAAACAAAUGCCCAAAUAAAAUGACUAUAAAUAAAAAAUGUAAAUCAGUUUUCCAAUUUGAUAUGAAAAAAAUUCUAAAAAAAAGACAAGCUGAGGAUGACUUUUGGAAAAAACAUGCCGAUCUUGAUAAAGAGAUGAAAGUUGUAGAUGAUUUGUUUCAAAAAGAAGUAAACAAUACUAUUAAACAUAUUGAUAAAUAUACUCCUACAUUACCCAAUGUUGGUUAUAUUAUAUUUGACCCCUCUAAGUAUAAUUUAAACUUUAAUGAUAAGUUUGAUAUAACAAGAUCACAUUCACAACAACUACUUCUUAUGUCAAUUGAGAAAAAUGAACUUGAAGCCAACAUUAUUUUUAAUAAUCUAAUGAAGUCUAAUUGGUCGCCAGUAUUUAAAGAUAUUCAACAUAUUUUAUCAAAUUGGGGAGCUGAUUUGGAUUCAUUAACUAAUAGUUCACCAUUAAAGUGUCAAAUAAAAGAUUGCACAAAAAUUGAAAAGCACAAUUUUGAAUUAACAAUAAAUUUUGUAUCUUAUAAUAUACUGAAAAAUAAUAAGGAAUUUAGUGAUGAUGAAUUACUAACAUUGGCGCAGUAUAUUGCUAAAAUAUCCUUUGAUAACCAUUGUGGACAAAUGAUAAAUGUUUUAAAAGAAUUAUUUACUGCUUGUAUCGAAACUGCAUUUCAAGAAAAUGAUGAUACUUCUAUUAUAACAUUUGCUCAAGAAUUGUAUUCACAAUAUAAAAAUACACUAUUUAAAAUGGUUGUUGAUUUAUUCCUACCUUUAAAAGGAAACACAAUGAAAACAAUAUAUACUUAUUUAACAUUCAAACUAUACAAAUCACUUUUAGACAAAACCAACAAUUUAAGUGCAUUUCCAUCUAAUAUUAAAGAGUGGUUUGUUCAAGAUUUGGUGAAUAAAGAUUUUUUUAAUAGAAAACCAAAAAAACUAUUAUAUUGUCUUAUUCAUCUGUUGGAACAUAUUGUGAUUGUUUUUGAUUUAUAUACUGACGAAAAAAAACUUAGUGAUAUGUAUGACUUUUUCAAUUAUGUGAUUAAACCAAAUGGAUUAUCAGAUUCUCUAAAACUUGUUAAUAUAUUGGAUCAAUGGAGGUUGCAAUUAUUCCGUUUACAUGUAGGCCACCCAGUGACGACUCGUCAGGGGAGGCAAGUGACCUAACAAGUGGCCUCACCUAACUAUUGUAAAA